AUGUCACUUAAUAUAUCAUUAUAUACGGUCAGCGCCGCAUUGAUACUAGAUAAUAAGGGUUCAAGGUUGUAUGCGAAAUACUACCAGACCAAAGAAAAUGAAAUAGUUUCCAAUCCAUAUAAAAGUCUUAAUCAACAAUUAAAAUUUGAAGAACAGUUAUUUUCCAAGAUAAAUAAAGUUAAUCAAGAUAUUAUAUUAUAUGAUAAUCAUUUAAUAACUUAUAAGCAAACCAACGAUGUUAUUAUUGCUUUAGUUAGUUCAAUUAAUGAAAAUGAAUCAUUAAUCUAUUCUUUAACCAAUAAUUUGAAUGAAGCUUUAAGUAUAUUAUUGGAUAAUACCUUGGACAAGUCAACUAUUUUGGAAAAAUAUGACUUGGUUAGUUUAUGUAUUGAUGAAACUAUUGAUGAUGGUAUUAUAUUAGAAAUUGAUCCUUCAAUUAUUGUUUCAAGAGUGACCAAUACUCCUUCAAAUUCCGCUAUCUCCAAUGAUUUGAAUUUGAAUAAGAUUGAAUUAUCCGAAAAGGGUUUAUUCAAUGCUUUAUCCUUUGCCUCUAAGAAAAUUGGUGAAAGAUUACAACAAGGUUUGUAG